AUGGCCACCCAAUACAGCGAUACCUAUGAUGUUGUCGUCGCCGGAUCUGGAGUCGGUGGUCUCUCGGCCGCCAUCACCGCCGCUGAGCGAGGUGCACGUGUUCUCGUGCUAGAGAAGCUUGAUAAACUGGGCGGCGUCACGGCUUUGUCGUCUGGAGUACUAUGGCCAGGACCCAAUCCGCUUUCAGAGAGCUUGGGUUUUGAAGACACAGUUGAAGAAGCCCAAGCAUAUAUGAACACGAUUUCGCGCGGCUUGGCCAAGGAAAACUUGAAGCUGGGCUAUCUCGCUACAAGUCGUGAAGCCAUUCAUUACUUUACCGAAAAGAUCGGGGUCGAAUUACAGGUCAUUCGAGGCGUGCCAGACUACUACUACCCGUCCGUCCAAGGUUCCAAGGUCGAGGGGCGCUUUCUGGAAAGCAAGCCUUUUCCUGGCAAGCGCUUGGGAAAGUGGGCGGACAAGGUACUCACCUCACCAUACGGUCCCUCCUUCAGCUAUGUCACUGGCACCGAAUGGGCUGCGUCGCAGACCGGCCAGGGAAACAUCGUCGAGUGCCUUCAACGGCACGUCCAGGAAGAUGAACGCUGUGGAGGCGCUGGAUUGUCGGCCGCCCUCGUCUACGCCGCGCUCCAGCGCAACGUCGAGUUUCGGACUUCAACCGCGCUCGCGGAUUUGAUCGUGGAAGGCGGAAGAGUUGCAGGGGUGCUUGUUGAACCAGUCACGUCGUCGUCAGGAGGGACUGCGACUACGAAUGGGACUGCGAAUGGAAAUGGGAAUCAUGAAAAAGCAGUUCGGUUGCAAGCACGGCAAGGGGUGAUUAUGGCCAUGGGGGGGUACGAUUGGCGGAAAGAUCUGAUGCAGGCAUUUGACGGACUGAAGGACUCUUCAACCAUGGUGCCACCCACAAUCACCGGCGACCACAUCGUCAUGGCAUCCAAGGUCGGUGCUAUUCCGAUCCCAGCACGUCUUCCAGGCCAAUCUCCUAUCUUUGUCGGGUAUCGCGUUCCAGGAGAGGUCAUCUUCGGGCAUCCGUCCUCACGUCUACUGCUGGCAGGCGCACCUCACAGUAUCAUCGUGAAUCGGCAGGGCCGCAGAUUUGCAAAUGAUGGCUUCUAUCCCCAUGUGGUCGAACAGGUGACCCGAUAUGGCAGCCAGAUGACACACAUGCCCCAUUGGCCCGCCUGGCUGGUUUUUGACCAAAGCAUGCUCGACAAGUAUGGUCUGGCGCCGACCUAUCCUGGGCAGCCACUUCCCGAAGGCCUUGCCAUCCAGGCCGACAGCAUCAAAGAGCUUGCUGAGCGCACUGGCAUUGACCCGGCCGGUCUGAGCGAGACUGUGGAACGAUACAACGGCUUCUGUGAGACGGCCACUGACCCUGAUUUUGGCCGCGGCACGUUUCCCUGGUCUGCACUCAUGGUGGGCGACUACCGAUUGAAGAACCCCAACAUGGCAGAGCUUACUCGAGCCCCAUUCUACGCAAUUCAGUUGGUUCACGUGUCGCUCGGGGCGGGCACUGCAGGUCUGCAGACCGAUGAACAUGGCCGGGUCCUGACCGUGCUGGGAACACCUAUCCCUGGCCUCUUUGCAGCUGGAAACUCCACGGCCUGGCAGGACUGGGGUGGAGGUUAUUCGAGUGGCGUGGCUGGCAUGCGUGGGAUGAUGUAUGGGUAUCGUGCGGCAUUGCACAUGACUGCAGAUGGCUCACCCAAGCUGUAG